AUGAAGUAUUGCAAAUAAAGUCUUAAAGCAUAAUAGAAAUCAAUUAAUAAAAUGAGAGAGAAGAUUUGAUAAGAAAUUAAUUAAGGAUUAAUUGAAAGAGACAAGGAGUUUAAGAUAAUUUGGAUGAUAUAUCGAUUACUCAUUUUGGAUUUAUCAAAGAAUAUGCUUAAAUUAUUGAAGCAAAAUAAGUCGCAUAAUAAUUAGCUGAAAGAUAAAAAAUUAUAGUAUUGAGAGAUGAAGAGGAAAAGAAUGCAAAGAUUAUUUUAUCUGAAGAAGAAUCAGAGGCAGCUAGAGGAACAGAUAGAAAUAUUUCUUAUAUUAAUAACUUAAAUUGA